GAGCCCGCUUGGGUGACCCCGCUCACGGUCGAGGGUGAGCUGCCCAGCCUCGAGGACCUCUUCCCGCAGCCGAUGCAGAUCUGGUCCGAGGUGGCCUCGGACGGCACCACUUGGGCGCAGUACAUCCGCGCGCACCCCACGGGCGAGGCGGUGCGCCGCGCACGUCGCCGUUUCGGCGUGAUUGGCUACAAUCUGCCGGCGCCAUCGGCGGAGACGACGCCGUGCCGCGGCGAGGGUGUCAAGGGCAUCUUCGCAAGCGCGAGCGCGAGACUUGCAUCCUUCGCAAGUUGUGGCAUGGUAUUCGACGACGACACCCAGGAGAAAGGCUCAUGGCGCCUUUGCCCGCACUUCUCAGAGUUCUACGGCCACGACGUGUACAUCCUCAAGAUGCAAAUCGCGUAAAUUGGGGAGAGGGGGUCGAUCGGAUCGCCUGAUCGCCUGUCCUCGUCCAAGUCCACGAUCAGCGUUCGCUCACGAGCCCCUCCGGGCGCGCGGUCGCGCUGGCCGAGGAUCAUGAAAUGUCUGCAUGUGAGCGGGUGGAGGUGUGCCUCCCCGCUGGCCGGCUGAGUGUGUUCGCCGAGCCGCCAUCCCUUUCUUGUCGCCCCGCUUGCCGCUUUCGUCGCCCCGCUUGCCGCUUUCCACGCUUGCCCCCCCCCGAGACCGCAGCCUCACGCGUGAUGUGUGUUUGGCCGCCUCUUUCCCUGUACCCUUUCGUCUAAACUGUG